ACACAAUAUAAUUCUAUUCACUACAACCCCAAGUUCUCACAAACACUUCUCAAUAACCAUAUCAAAUCUCAUAUAAACAAUCGCAAUGGAGACUGUUAAGAACGCCGUCAACUACGUUUCCGAGUCCGUCCAGGGCGCCGGUGCCACUGCCUCCAAGGAGACCAACAAGAACGUCGCUAAGGACUCCGACGCUUCCCUCACUUCUCGUGCCACUGCCGCCAAGGACGCCGUCGUUGACAAGAAGGACGAGAAGUCCCAUGAUGCUAAGGCCGAUGUCCACAAGGAGGCCGCUAAGAACUAAGCAUAUAAUAACACGUUAUGUGGGAACGGGAUUUCUCACUAUGAUUCAUGGAGGUUCAUGAAUUCGUUUCGCGACUGCUCAUGUACUUUAUACCCUAUGAAGGAAUGAAUUAUCAUAAGAAACUCUUCUUUUUUUUU